AUGUCUUCUAACAGCGUGAAAUUAUUAUCUGGGAACUCUCAUCCUGAGUUGGCGGAAAAGAUUGCGAAAGUUCUUGGACUUUCGUUGGCAAAAAUUGGCGUAUAUCAAUAUUCCAACAAGGAGACUUCUGUCACCAUCGGCGAGAGUAUAAGGGAUGAAGACGUUUACAUUAUCCAGACAGGUACUGGUGAGCAAGAAAUCAAUGAUUUUUUGAUGGAACUCCUAAUCAUGAUUCAUGCUUGUAGAACAGCAUCUGCUAGAAGAAUUACUGCUGUGAUUCCGAAUUUUCCAUAUGCAAGGCAAGAUAAGAAGGACAAGAGCCGUGCUCCCAUCACAGCCAAGCUGAUAGCGAAUUUGUUAGAGACUGCAGGUUGUGACCAUGUCAUUACUAUGGAUCUUCAUGCUUCGCAGAUUCAAGGUUUCUUCCACAUUCCAGUUGAUAACUUAUACGCAGAGCCAAGCGUUUUGAAUUAUAUUAGAAAGAACACCGAUAUCGCUAAUACUAUACUGGUUUCACCUGAUGCUGGUGGUGCUAAAAGAGUUGCUUCAAUUGCAGACAAAUUAGAUUUGAAUUUUGCUUUGAUUCACAAAGAGAGACAAAAAGCAAAUGAGGUUUCCAGAAUGGUUUUGGUUGGUGAUGUAAGAGGCAAGUCAUGUUUGUUAGUUGAUGAUAUGGCUGAUACUUGUGGAACACUAGUGAAGGCCAGCGACAUGCUUUUGGAUAAUGGUGCCAAAGAGGUUAUUGCAGUCGUAACUCAUGGUAUAUUCUCGGGCUCUGCUAGGGAGAAGUUGAAGAAUAGUCGUUUAUCUCGGAUAGUUUGUACAAACACGGUUCCAGUAGAUUUAGACCUCGAGAUUUUCGACCAGAUUGACAUAAGUCCGACGCUCGCAGAAGCCAUCAGAAGAUUACACAAUGGAGAAAGUGUCUCAUACUUGUUCACUCACGCACCUGUGUGA